AUGGACAUACAACAUCCCUUCUAUGACAUGGACAUAAAGGUGUCAGGACAGGCUUCAGGAGAGGCAUCGCUGGAGACCAUCCUUAAAAAGGUUGAGGAUUCCUGGAAGAGCACGGAGUUUCCGGUUCUCUCCCACCGGGACUCUAAAGACCUGUUCAUCCUGGGAGGAACGGAUGACAUCCAGGUGCUGCUGGAUGACAGUACCAUCAACAUGGCCACGGUGGCGUCCUCUCGCUACGUCGGCCCCAUCAAGACCAGAGUAGACGAGUGGCAGAGGCAGCUCAACCUCUUCAGCCAGACACUGGAAGAGUGGCUGACUUGUCAGCGUAACUGGCUGUAUCUGGAGAGUAUCUUCAGUGCUCCAGAAUAUAACCCCCUCUCUCCUCCCUCCCUCCCUCCCUCCCUCCCUCCCUCCCUCCUGUAG